AAGUCUCUUCAUUAGUAAAGUUUGUUCGUUUUUUGCCACCUGUACUGGUUCAGCGAUUUAGUUUGUGGGUUUCAUUCGUUCAGAAAGAGUUUGGCGACUAGUCUACAAUGUGUUUAUGAUCAUAAUUAGGCGUUUACUGUAGCUGAGUCUGACCUACAUCAACAAAAGCGCUUUAUUUGUUCCCUUUCAGCCGUAGUUUUCCUCAGGAUCAUUAUAGUGUGACGGAGCCUCAGCAGCGGACACUGAAGCAGCAUUUGAAGAGCCUCAAUGGAGCUGCAAAAUGAAGAGUGAAGGCUGUAUUUUUGCUGGAUGAUCAGUGGUGGACGUGAGCUGGACAGAAGCUGAUGGCUGAUAAUGUGCCGUGUGGUCUGCUGGAGGCCUGUGUGCUGCUCGGAGUGUCAAACGAGCGUCUGAAGGAGCUGUGCCCUGGUAAAGAUGCAGAUGUGCUGGUGGAGGCGGAGGUGCUACAGGUUUACGCUCCGCCAUUUGUGACGAAGGAACGCUCCUGUAACGGCGCCGUGAAUCAGGACGUGGCUCCCGCCUUCAGCAGAGUCCAGAAGAGACGCUCCUUCAAGAAGAAGAAGAGAGAGCGUCCUGUGUCUGCCGUCAGUGACUCCAGCAGAGCCAGUGAAUCUGAAGAUCUGAGCGUCCCGCAGAACAUUGAUCUGAUCGCCCUGCCACAGCUCUGCUUCCCUGAUGGGUUGAGAAUCACCAAUGAGAGCAGAGAAGACUCGUAUCACUUCCUCGUGUUCACGGAUGUGUUCGGGAAUCAGACUCAUGGUGUGGUCGCUCAGUACUGCAGACCUGUACAGCAAGAUAAUGUGAUUUAUGCAAACGGCCAUCGAUCCAACGAACACAAGCGUCUGUACACCACAUUCAGCAUAUGUGUGAUCUCCAAAUAUCCCUAUUAUAACGCCCUCAGAGACUGUCUGUCCUGUUUUCUGUUCCAGAUGAAGACAUCCCGUGUGUCUGACUUUGAGGAGCAGGUGAAGGAGUUUUCUGCCAAACUGGCGCUGGUGCCCAUCCCUCCUUCUGGACCACUGCAUGUGGUGUUUAAUCUCAGACCGCUUCAGAUUGAGCUUCCCUCUAAACUGGAUGUGGAUCGACCUGUCAUCAACCUCGACCUCCAUCUGCCAUUUCUGUGUUUUAAACCCAAGCAGAUCCUGCAGAUCAUCAGCAGUAUCCUGAUGGAGCAGAGAGUGGUGUUUCUGUCCACAGACUGGGCCAAACUCACACUGGUGUGCGAGUGCUUCAUGAUCUUCAUUCACCCUCUGCGCUGGCAGCAUCCGUUCGUGCCCGUCCUGUCCCGACAGAUGCUGGACUUCAUCAUGGCGCCCACGGCCUACCUAAUGGGCUGCCACACGUACCACUUCCAGGAGGUAGCAGAGGAGAUUGAAGAUCUGGUGCUCAUAGACAUUGAUCAGGGAACAGUGUCGUCUUCAAUAUCGGACAGAUUUGAUCUUCCAGACGUGCCGCUUGCAGCCAGAGAUUGUUUUAUAUUUCGCUGUGGGGGUCUGCAGCUCCACUAUGAUCUGGAUGUGUGCGGCUCCAGCAGUCAGACUGAUGUGAAUGAUCUGCGAGCUCACAGAAGACUCUGGCAGCGCAAACUCAACUCCAGCAUCCUCAACAUCAGCAUGGAGCUCAUCGUCAACAUAUUCAGUGAAGUGUGUGAUUUCCUGAACUAUGAGCAUCGGGUUUUCAACAGCGAGGAGUUCCUCAGGUCCAGAGACUCCACCGAUUGUGCCUUUUACAGAAAGGUUUUAGACACUCAUAUAUUCCACUCAUUUCUGCGGGAGCGUUUGAACAGAAAGAAUGACGCAUUCACUCGCAUGCAGCUCAACAUCCGUUCAGAGACUCGCAGGCUGAAGGUCAUGACCGAGUCUCCACGCAGACCCACGAUGGAGGAAAUCAACCGUAAACACAAAGCAGAAAACGGCCUGAAUAAGCGUCUGGGGAUGAGCAUGCCCAACCUGGCGGACUCUCGAUCUCUCACCGUACCAAUCCGACAUAUGUCCAUGAUGUCAGUGAGGACCAUGCCUUUACAGAUGGGAUCUUGGAGUCCCAUAAAGCCAGUCAAAACCUUCAAACUCCCAGAAUUCCCUCCUCCGCUGGCCUACCACUACGUUCAGAAUUACUACCACGAUCUGAUUGGCCAGUUGGACAGAUCCAUCUCAUCUGCAGCUCCAGAUGACUCCGCUCUCCUGGCCCGCUAUUAUUACCUGCGUGGACUGGUGAACUCGGUGGCUGGUCGACACGUGGACGCCCUCGCAGACUUCCAGAGUUUAUAUAAGACGGAUAUGGAGAUUUUUCCUGCGCAGCUUCUGAACGCUCUGGUGGAGGCUCUGCCGGUGGAGGAAAAGAGGAUUGCGGAGCGCCGCAACGAUCUGAAGCGCCUCAUGAGCAGGGUGAGGCGGGAAAAUGAAAAGGACCGAGCGCAGCUGGUAGACGGCGGGACGGUGAAGAGGUUUGAGCUGCCCAAGAAGCACCUGCUAAAGGAGGAUUUUGUGCGGCGCGUUCAGGAGUCGGGAAUUGUGAAGGAUCUGGAGACCAUCAAGAGGCUGUUCGAGGCACUCACUCUGGGUCAGGUGAAGCAGGUGGAUCCAGAAACUUUCCGCUUCUUUUACAACUUCUGGAAGGAAACGGAAGCGGCGGCGCAGGACGUGGAUCUGCCGGCCGUCGUUCUGGAGCAUCUGGAGAACGACGAGUGCGUUUAUAAAGUUUCAUCAUCCGUAAAAACCAGCCACGGCGUGGGGAAGAUCGCCAUGACCCAGCGCAGACUCUUCCUGCUGACGGAGGGACGACCCGGAUACGUGGAGAUCACCAAAUUCAGAGACAUCGAGGACGUAAGGAUUUCCUCCGCUCCAUUCCUCCUUCUGAGAAUCCCAUCACUGAAGAUCAGGACGUCCCUCAGGAAGGAGUCAUUCGAAGCCAAUCUGAAGUCUGAAUGUGACCUCUGGCAUCUGAUGAUUAAAGAGAUGUGGGCUGGGAGGAAGAUGGCGGACCAGCAUAAGGAUCCUCAGUUUAUGGAGCAGGCUUUGACUAAUGCUCUUCUGAUGGACGCUGUGGUGGGCAGUCUGCAGUCUCAGAAAGCCAUCUACGCUGCAACUAAACUGGCCUACUUUGACAAGAUGAAGUCUGAGGUGCCCAUGAUGGUCCCCAAAACCACCUCUGACACCCUGAAGCACAAGAUCAACCCGUCUCUGGAUCAGACCAGUCCUCAAGCAGUGGACUUUCUGCUCUACACUCCCGGUCAGCUGGGUGUGUCAGAUGUGGAUGGCGGUGGGAAUCCAAAGCUGUGGUGUGCUCUGAGUGAUGGGAAGCUGCUGGUGUUUGACGCCGCCAGCUGGUCCAUGCAGCACAACUCUGUUCAAGUGGGGACGUCCCGCCUGACGUGUAUGCUGGCAGUGAAUCAGCAGCAGCUGUGGAUCGGCUCCAAGGAUUCCUUCAUCUACAUCAUAAACCCGCGCAGCGUCUCCUGCAAUAAACAGCUGACGGAGCAUCGCUGUGAGCUCACGGGACUCGCCCUGGAGGAAAGAGCUGACAAAUUCAGCCAGACGGUGGCGUACUCGUGCAGUGAGGACUGCAGUGUGAUCGUGUGGGACGUUUCCUCACUGCAGGUCAGACGGCAGUUCAGAGUGUCCUGUGGCCGACUGCAGUCCAUACACGUCCACAACGGCAUGCUGUGGUGCUGUGGUCGUGAUUGUGUGCUGGAGGUGCGCAGGAACGGCUCGGUUCACCGUCGGAUCUCUCUGCCCGAUCACCUGCUGAGCUCACCGAAGGGCUUCAGCAGUUUCCUGCUCUUUAAUGAGUCGGAGCAGCUGUGGGCUGGUUUUGCAGAUGCGGGUGAGCUGUGUGUUUGGCACUGCCGAGACAUGAACAAACCCUUCAUCAGGAUUCAGCUCAAAGACUGCGCCGCCGUCACCUGCAUGAUCAGAGUCAAGAACCAGAUCUGGGUUGGUGGUCACAGUGGCAGCGUCACAGACAGAAGAGUGCGUGGGAAGAUCUACAUAGUAAACACGGACCGAUAUACAGUGGAGAAAGAGCUGCAGGCCCACGCCGACGCCGUUCAGACCAUGUGUUCAGCCGAAGACCGAUAUGUGCUUAGCGGAGCCGCACAGGAUGAUGGGAAAAUCGGCAUCUGGAAGGUGGAGUAAAAACAGAGGUGAACAUACAGCAUAAGUUCAUUUAAGAAGUGUUCACACUCAACAGCUUUGAGACAAUUUAAAGGGACAGUACAGCCAUCAUUCACUCAUCCUCCAAACCUGUUGGAGUUUCUUACGUCUGUUGAACAGAAAAGAAGAUAUUUUGAAGAAUGUUGGAAAAUUCUAACCAUUGACUUUCAUAGUGUUCCUACUAUGGAUGCCAAUGGAUGCUUUUUUCCAACAUUCUUCAAAAUAUCUUCUUUUGUGUUCAACAGAGGAAAAAAAAAGGAUUAAAGUUUAGACGCACUUGAGUUUGAGGAAAUGUUGAGGAAAUGUACUGCAAUAUAACUCAGCUUGUAUAUGAACACAACAUGAACCAAAGACUUAUAAUAAAUCAAUAAUGACAUGCCACAGCAGUGCAUAAGCGCAUCAGAAUCCUCAACAAUACCUGUUUUUUAGUGUUUGUUUUGUUUUUUAAGUCCAAUUUGCCUUUUUAGUUCAACAUAUGCUUUGUAAACAUUGUGUGUGAUGGAGGAAAUUGUGGCGUAAUAAUGGAAAUGAACUAAAGUGGUUUCUAAACUAACUUAAACUACAUCUAAGCUACUUUAAGUGCAUUAUCUUUUUGUGGACAAAGUUGUUAGCUAAAAUGCACAGCCUCUGUUGACUUGCAUCAACAAAAAUGAGAGGAAACUAUAAUGCAUUUGUGUAAAAUGAAUAUAUGCAAUGCAAACACACGCACGCACGCACACACACACACACACACACACACACACACACACACACACACACACACACACACACACACACACACA